CCUACUUCUCUCUCUCUCUCUCUCUCUCUCUCUCUCAUUAUAUAAAUACUAAUUUCUCUUUACAUAUACCAUAUUUAUAUAUACACAUUUCUUAUCAAUACGUAACAACUACCGAACGAUUAAAAAUUCACAUGUUUCCAAUUUCAAUAGUUAUUAUAAACAAAAAGAUUUUGGGGGGUAGAUCGAUCUGCGUUCAUUUUCUUCUGUUUGGCAUGAAAAUAUAAACAUGGAGGUUAAAGUCAAACCAAAAGCCAUAGUGAUAGAGUCGACGAUUGCAAGUAAAGAGGAAGAUGAGAUGAAGAAGGUGAAAGAGUGUGUGGUGAUUGGUCAAGAGAAAGAGGAAGAUAUUACUACUAAAGAACGAGAAACUACGAAGAUCAUGGAUGAUGAAACUCAAACAAGACAAGUUGAUUCUAACAGUGUCUCAAGAUCAUCAUCUUCAUUAUCAUCAUCCCUUGAGAUGACGAAGAAGCUGGAAAAUGACAAAAAUCCGAGCCAGAACGCAGAAAACACCGAAAAUGAAGAAGAGUGUAAUAACAUGAAGAGCAAGAAGACGAGUUCACAAGUGUGGGACUGUGGGAGCUCUCUCUACGACUCCUUCGAACUCAACUCGUUCAAACGUCAACUCGACUCAGCAAUCUCUGCUUCCUCCGGCAGAACCAUGUCCAUGUCUCACCUCCCCGACCGCCGUCUCCCUCCUCUAAACUCGUUAUCGCCGGAAUAUCCUCCUCCUCCACCGGAGACUUCUUGUUCCUCCUCCGGCAACAAGAAACAUUCGAACAAGAUCUCUCGUUCUCUUCAGAGAUUCUUGAAAUCAGUAUUCAGACCAAAACAUCACCAAAGUUUGUCAUCAUCCUCAAGCACUCCUUCUUCGCCGGUCUACAAGGUGGAUAAAGAUCGAUACUAUGUCGUUUAUGACAAGUCGAGAUCGUUGACCACGAUUCCAGAGUCAACGGAGAAGGAAGUGGGCCCGGAGAUCAACUCUCUUGCUAGGAAAACCGUGUCCGAGAGAUUUCCGGCGAGUCGAGUCGUUGGUAUUUCAUGUGCAUGAUUAUAAUAUUUAUUACCUAAGUCGUAGAUUUGAUAUAUAAUAGUGUCUAUUAUGAUAUUAGAGAGUGUUUAUUAUAAGAAAACAUUUUGGAAUUAAUGAUAUCGUGUUGGAC